GCUGUUGCACUGUGGUAGUGGGAGGACAGGAAGUUCCGGGUUGGCGCCCACCAUUCUUCGGAAUAAAGAAAACGUCAGAACUGUGUUGUCAGUUUAUCGUUAUUACUACAGGCAGACUCAGAUUAAGUCUGAGGUUUGUAACAUCAACAGUGAGGACAAACCCAGCAUGCCUCUCUCCUUCCACACUGAGUCCAAACCUACAGUCACUGGGUCCUGAUUGUGACAGUGGAGCCCAGUUUGCUCUGCAGGAUCCAGAGAUGGCAUCAGUGAAGCUGGAAGACUGCAGUCAAACACUGGAGCUGAAUGUCAACAUUAAAGAUGAAGAAGAGGAGGAGAAGAUUGGGAAAUCUGUUUAUCACGAUAAAGGAGACCAUGUUGAGACCUUCUCUACAUCCAGAGAGAAACAGCAGGAAGAUCACAGAGCUAAGAGGUCUCACCACUGCCCACAUUGUGAGGAGAUUUUCCCAUUUCUAUCAAAGCUAAAAAUACACCUAAAAAUGCAAAGAGGAGAUAUUCUGUAUUCCUGUACUGACUGUGAGAAGAGAUUCACAACAUCAAGGGCUCUGACAGUUCAUCAGAGAGAGCACACUGGAGAAAAGUCUUACUCCUGCACUGACUGUGGGAAAUGCUUCAAUAGAUCAUCUAAAUUAACCAUUCAUCAGAGAGUGCACACAGGAGAGAAGCCUUACUCCUGCUCGGACUGUGGAUCGAGUUUCUCCCAAUAUGGCCACUUAAAAUCACACCAACGUAUACACACCGGAGAGAAGCCAUACUUCUGCGCUGACUGUGGGAAUAGCUUCACAACAUCGAGGGCUCUGACAAUUCAUCAGAGAGUGCACACUGGAGAGAAGCCUUAUUUCUGCUCUGAUUGUGGAAAGAGUUUCUCCCGAUUGGACACCUUAAAAAAUCACCAAUUAAUACAUCAAGGACAGAAGCCGUACUCCUGCUCUGACUGUGGGAAAUGCUUCAUUAAAUCAGCUAAAUUAACCAUUCAUCAGAGAGUGCACACUGGAGAGAAGCCUUACACCUGCUCUGACUGUGGAGAGAGUUUCUCCCGAUUGGAUGCCUUAAAAAGUCACCAACUAAUACAUAAAGGACAGAAACCUUACGUCUGCUCUGACUGUGGGAAGAGUUUCUCUCAACUGGGCAACUUAAAAACCCACCAACGUAUACACUCAGGAGAGAAGCCAUUCUCCUGUUCUGACUGUGGGAAGGUAUUCUCAGUAUCGGGCAACCUAAAAACUCACCAACGUAUACAUAAAGGAGAGAAGCCAUUCUCCUGCUCUGAUUGUGGGAAGAGUUUCUCCAUGUCAGGCAACUUAAAAACCCACCUACGUAUCCAUAAAGGAGAGAAGCCUUACUCCUGUUCUGACUGUGGGAAAUGCUUCAAAACAUCAGCAGAGGUAAAUGUUCAUUGGAGAACACACACAGGAGAGAAGCCGUACCACUGUGACUGUGGGAAAAGUUUCUCCAGGUUGAAUACCUUAAAAACCCACCAACGUAUACACACAGGCGAAAAGCCAUUCUCCUGCUCUGUCUGUGGGAAGAGUUUCUCUGUAUCAUGCAACCUAAAAACCCACCAACGUAUACACACAGGAGAGAAGCCUUACUCCUGCUCUGACUGUGGGAAGAGUUUCUCCAUAUCGGGCAACCUAAAAACCCACCAAUGUAUACAUAAAGGAGAGAAGCCUUACUCCUGCUCUGCUCGUGAUAAAUGCUGAGGUAAACGUUCAUCGCAGAACACACAGGAGAGAAGCCUUACCACUGUGACUGUGGACAAGAGCUUCUCCAGAUUGAAUACCUUAUAAAUACACCAACAUAUACAUAAAGGAGAGAAGCCUUACCACUGUGACUGUGGACAAGCAUUUCUCCAGAUUGAAUACCUUAAAAACACACCAACAUAAAGGAGAGAAGCCUUACCACUGUGACUGUGGACAAGAGUUUCUCCAGAUUGAAUACCUUAAAAACACACCAACAUAAAGGAGAGAAGCAUCAUCAGUUCUCUCAGACCAGCGGAGAUUAAAGUCACUACAUCACUUAAUUCUCAUCUCAUAAAGGAAGUGGUAACAAACAGUUCAUUUGAUCAAUAGAAGAAAGCGUAGCGCACUGUUGUUUCUCACUGUGCAGUGGAAGAGGAGCGUUUUCUACAACGUUAGCCUCUACUUUACCGAUCAGUGUGUUUUGUUAGCUUCUACUGUAGAGAUAUUGAGAUCACCAUGGAUUUGCCCUUAGGGUUGAAUACCCUCUGAGGUGUCUCUCAUUGAAACAAUAAAGUCUGAGGGUUGACUGGGUGGUACUGCUUUCAUCUAAACUUUUCUGUGGGAAUGAGUUAGUAGAUACAACAUGUAUCAGCUAGAGAUGGUGUGAUGGUCAGUUUUCUGUGGGAAUGAGGUAGUAGAUACAACAUGUAUCAGAUAGAGAUGGUGUGAUGGUCAGUUUUCUGUGGGAAUGAGUUAGUAGAUACAACAUGUAUCAGAUAGAGAUCAUCACAUCAUCAGUUUUCACCAUAAAUUUGGCUGGAUUAUUUGUUGCUGACUGUUUGUUUAAUGAUACACAGGCUAUGAAAUGACUACGUGUUUAUUAAGUUGUCUUAGAGCGUUCGUGUAAAACCUGAUGCAAUGGAAGAAGUCUAAAAAGUCUAAAGUGUUUGCAGACAGUAGGAAUAUGUUAUUGAAGAGUCUGAAUGUAAAAUGUUUCAACUGUGGUGGGGGUCAUAUUCCUGAAUUCCCAGAGUGCCCUGUUAGGGUGAAAGAGGUUGAGGGGUCAAGGAUCAGGGCUGUACAGCAAAUCGCCAAUGUGGAGACAGUGAAGAGAGUUGAAGGGGAAAAAGGCCACAGUUUUGAAGAAAAUCGCAACCAGUUGCAAAUAUUGUACGUCAAUCAAGUGAUCUGGAUACACUUAUUGCGAAGAAGAUGGAUUUUGUAGCAUUUAUAGCCACAGUUAUUAAUUGUACUGCACAAAAAAUUCAGUAGGAUGGACAUCCUUAUAUCUGCAUUUGAGGAGUUUUUGGGCCUCCAAGACCUCACUGCAACAGAAAAGCAGGCUGAUUCAGUCUAAUUUAAAUGUUGAUAGUUUGUAUGGAUUCGUCUUUAUAUUUAUUUAUUUAUUACCCACCUGUAGUGUAGGUGGCAGAAUGCCAUUAUACCAAAAAUUAGAUGUCGCCAAAGGGUUUUAUAACCAAGAUAAACUACAGCCUUCCAACGGGACCAAAUGAGUCAUAGUGUAGAGAAUAAGCAAGGAGCUGGGCAGAGCCAAGCACGAGCAAGCAAGAUCCUAGUGGCGCAUUCUAGCAUUCAUCUGCAUAUUUCGUUCGGUAACGCCUCCUCUUUGAAGUACACUUGUGCAAUAACUCAAUUCGCCUUUGCACGCCUUAUAAACGACGCGAUUGUUAACUUUUGCAAGGGUGAGGUCUACUAACCGCAGUCUACUCUGUUCAUAGCAUUUUAGUUUUGGGAACAAAAAACUGUAUUGAGAUCAGAUGUUUCUUCGAUGAGAAAAUGCUAAAUGUCGGCCCAAAUCCAUCUCUUUCCAUCUUCUCCCACUGCCAGCCAGAGUGUGAACGCCAAGCGGAUGCUUCACAUUUAUACAUCCGGUGAAAUAUCGGUCUCAUUGUUCUAUCUGUGAUGUCGCUGUUGAACUGUGGUAGUGGAGGAACAGGAAGUAAAAAAAAACAAAGAAAGCCGCAGAACUGUGCUGUCGAAACGAUAGCUUUUGUAUUACUACAGGUAUGUAAUAGCACGUUUAAACCUAAUUUCGAAAGAAUAUGUCAUAACAUAUCAGGUAACAAAUCCGUAUACUAUCAUGUUAGGUAAAGAUUUUAUGUGCUGUUUUUUCCCCCCCGUUAAACCGAAUGAGUGAAGAACGCGAUAAAAGUUAUUUUACAAGUCACAUAGCUAGAGACCUUGGUUUGUCUAAGUGAAUGUACAUUUCAGCAAGGUCAUUUCAUAAAGAAUCCAUUUAUUUGACAUUUCUAAAUUAGUGACGCGAGCUGCUAAAAUGGCGGCGCCAACAACUGCGUCACCAGACUUCAGUACAGGCAGUGCGGAUGCAUCAGAGACUGCCAACCACUAUAUGAAGAAGUUUAAGGAAAACAUCAACUCAAAUUGCUCCUUUUGUAAUGACCACCCAGAAACAGUUGUGCAUCUUUUUUGGCAUUGUAUGCAUGUAAGAAAACUGUGGCAAGACAUCAGUAGGUUUAUAAUUGAACACAUUUAUGAAGAUUUUACACUAUUGUGGAGAGAGGUACUGUUUGGAUUCUUUACAUACAAUAGAAAUAAGCAGAAUAAUUUUUAUGUCAUUAAUUUCAUUAUUCUUUUGGCCAAAUUUCAUAUACACAAAUGUAAAUUUCCAAACAGAAAACCACAUUUUCGUACCCUACAAAAAGAAAUUGAACUGUAUUUUAAGACGGUUAAAUGCUCUACUAACAAAAAAGCUGUUAGAAUUGUAAGUAUAUGCAUGUCCCUUAAGGUCCUUGUGUAAUUGUAAUGUGAUAUUGUACCCCCUAGCCCCGCCCCCAGCCCCGCCCCUAGCUCGAUUGUCUAUUGUUUGUAAUCUAUAUAUGCUUGUGUUCCCUCAUGUGCUUUAUGUAUUGAUUUGUUAUUAAUAAAAACAAUUCAAAAAGGAUGCAUCAGAGACAGAGAGUAGAUGAGCGCUCGGAAAUCCCGCUCACUGCUCCGGCGUUCCACGUUCUUUCCAAAUGCUCGGCUAAAAACGGCAUUUUAGUUUACAGGAAAGAAAAUUGCCGCUCCAUUCAUUAAAAUCACAAUGUAACCAACACCCAUGUAUUUUUGUGACUACACGGACCUACCAUUUUGGUUUUGAAGUAUUGAAACCAAGCCAUUUGAUUUGAAUUAAACGUGUUGAAUAAACAUGAAAAGGUGAA